UUAAUAAAAUAAAAUCUUCAACUUUGUUAUAAUGAUAUAUAUCAAUAAAUUUGGAGUAUAUAUGUACUAAUCAGCCAAGCAGAGUGAAUAUUUGGCUAAACAUUGUCAAAAGUAUAGACAAUAAUCAGUGAUAAUGAUGAAUCCUUUCAAACUUUUCUUCAUAUCGAUCUAUUUGUUGCUAUCGUUCCUUUGUUUGUUCCUUUAUCACUUGAAGAUUAAAUAACUUAAUAGAACCAUUCAGUCAUGGUAUUGAAAAAUUAAAUGACUUUUUGCAGUAUAUUAAGUAGUUCAGUGUUUAUGAUGCACGUUUCAAUUUCUUUUUAAAAAAAUCAGGUUUUGAAUGAGAUUUUGAUCAGGUUAAAUUUAAGAUCGGGUGAAUUCUUAUUGAUAUUUUUAUGUUCCUUUAUUGAUCAAAGAAGCAAUCACUUCAACAUACCAUGAGGUUCUGGGCCACAAGAAGCACCAUCACAAGGAAUGGAUCACUGUUGAAACACUGGAUAUGAUUCAAGAAGGCAGCGAUCAAUACCAGCCGAACAAGAGCAGAAAAAGCCAAGGCACAUGCUGAAUACACAGAAGUAAACAAGCAAGUGAAGAGGAGCAUCAGAACUGACAAACGUAAAUAUGUGGAAGAUCUAGCAACGGCGGCGGAAAAGGCUGCAAGAGAAGGAAACAUGAGACAAUUGUAUGACACGACAAAGAAACUCUCUGGAAAUCAACGUAAACCGGAGCCACCAGUGAAAAGCAAGGAAGGCGAGGUAAUCACCAACAUUGAAGAGCAACGAAACAGGUGGGUAGAACACUUCAAAGAACUCUUGAAUCGACCAGCCCCACUGAACCCACCCAACAUCAAAGCAGCACCCACGGACCUCUCAAUCGAUGUUGGCCCACCAACAAUUGAAGAAAUCAGCAUGACCAUCAGACAAAUCAAGAUUGAGAAAGCGAAAGCACCAGACAACAUUUCAGCAGGGGCAAUGAAGGCAGACGUAGCGGCAACUGCAAGGAUACUCCAAAUUCUCUUCAAUAAGAUUUGGGAUGAGGAACAAGUACCGACAGACUUAAAGAAGGACUUCUGGUCAAAAUACCAAAGAAAGUAUGAGAAUUACAGAAGCAUCACUCUUCUCUCAAUACCGGGAAAAGUCUUCAACAGGGUAUUGUUAAACAGGAUGAAGGACUGCGUAGACGCUCAACUUCGAGACCAACAGGCAGGAUUCCGUAAGGGUAGAUCAUGUACAGAUCAAAUCGCAACUCUACGAAUCAUUGUGGAACAAUUAAUUGAAUGGAAUUCAUCACUUUACAUCAACUUCAUUGACUACGAGAAAGCAUUUGACAGCAUGGACAGAACAACACUAUGGAAACUUCUUCGACACUACGGCGUGCCUCAGAAGAUAGUCAGUAUCAUACCUAUGAUGGAUUAAACUGCAAAAUCGUGCAUGGAGGACAAUUGGCAAACUCGUUCGAGGUAAAGACCGGUUUCAGGCAAAGUUGCUUACUCUCACCCUUUCUCUUUCUUCUGGUGAUAGACUGGAUCAUGAAGACGUCAACAUCUGAAGGGAAACGCGGGAUACAGUGGACAUCUAGGAUGCAGCUGGACGAUCUAGACUUUACAGAUGACCUGGCCCUUCUAUUCCAAACGCAACAACAAAUGCAGGGGAAGACGACCAGUGUAUCAGCAGCCUCAGCAGCAGUAGAUCUCAAUAUACACAAAGGGAAAAGCAAGAUUCUCCGAUACAACACAGCAUGCACCAAUCCAGUCACACUUGACGGAGAAGAUUUGGAAGAUGUAAAAACCUUUACAUAUCUGUGCAGCACCAUUGAUGAACAUGGUGGAUCUGAUGCAGAUGUGAAGGCGCGGAUCAGUAAAGCAAAAGCAACAUGUUUAGAACUGAAGGACAUCUGGAACUCAAAGCAACUGUCAACCAACACCAAGGUCAGGAUUUUCAACAAAAAUGUCAAGACAGUUCCAUUGUAUGGGGUGAAAACCUGGAGAACUACGAAAGCCAUCAUCCAGAAGAUACAGGUGUUUAUUAACAGUUGUCUACGCAAAAUACUUCAGAUCCGUUGACCGGACAUUAUUAGUAACAACCUGCUGUGGGAGAGAACAAACCAGAUCGCAGAGGAGGAAGAAAUUAGGAAGAAGCGCUGGAAGUGGAUAGGACGCACAUUGAGGAAAGCACCCAACUGCGUCACAAGACAAGCCCUCACAUGGAAUCCUCAAGGCCAAAGGAAAAGAGGAAGACCAAAGAACACAUUACGCCGAGAAAUGGAAAUAGACAUGAGAAAAAUGAACAAGAAUUGGAUGGAACUAGAAAAGAAGGCGGAGGACAGAGUGGGUUGGAGAAUGCUGGUCGGUGGCCUGUGCUCCAUUAGGAGUAACAGGCGUAAAGAAAAAAAGACAAUAUUCCUUUAUUACUGCAAAACUAUUUAAAAAAUGUUUUUUGAGAGGGGGAUACAAUCCACAUUUUUACUGAAAAAAUGGGUUGUUUUUUUUCUAAUUAAAAACCAUUAUCCCAAUUCAUGUCCACAUUUAUUAAGUCUGUGAUUUUGUGAAUUCCGUGACGAAUAAUGAAUCAGUUUUCUAAUUAGGAAUUUUUAACAUCCUUUUAAUAAUUUAUCUUGCUAAUCAAAUUACAUUGUAUUUAUGAAUUCAACAGUUCGUUUGCUUUAAUUCAUUGUUUCAUAAAAUAUAUGACUUAGUCGAUGUAGAUUAUCUGCUAACUGACAUGAAUCAACACUGAGUAUCAUCAUCAUUUAAAAGCAUUUAUUUUUAUAAGCAUUAAAAGUAGAUAUAUGGGACCAUCCAGUUCAGAGAACAAAACUCUAACAAAUAAUGUAUAAUAUAUAUCAUUACCAAGAUUGGAUUUGAUAAUUUUGAAUAAAUUGAAAAUUUUGUAGAUUGUUAUAAAUAAACUAAUAUACUACUGUAGAUGUAGUUGUUAGCUAUUAAAUGUCAUUCAUUAAUGAAUUUUAGUUUGGAAAGCUCUGAGACUUGAUAUCAAUAUGAAAUCUUAUUAACAAGCUAGAAAUUACAAACUUGGUAUCUAUACCAAGCGAGUAGAUAGUUUCUGUUGAAAUAUAUAAUCGAAUUCAUUCAACAGAAGUUAGCUGAAGUGUGUGUAAAAAUUUAAGAUUUAACCUAACAAUUAAGUGAUACAGAGAUAAUAAUUCUUGCUACUCUUUAAAAUAAUAUGUGGAUAAGUACUAUGAGACAAAAUGGGACUAUGAACAACCAAUUAUCUAUCAAGUUCUUUAGUGGCGAUUAUAAUUCAAAGAAUUCAAAGUAUGUUUCUAGUUUUUGAUAACUUGCUUUAGAUAACAAUCUUAGCUGACAGAAAACAACACAUUAUAAAUUACAAUAUACAUAUGAAUUUUGAUAGUUUUCUCUGAACUAUAAAAAGUUAAUAUUAAUAGUGUGAGGGAUUGUUGACUGUCAAGUUUUACAGUUUAAAUCAUCAACUAACCUUAGAGAGCCACUAAAAAUUAGGAAGCACUAGAGAGCUGUUUCAACCUUGUAUUGGGUUCCGUAGCAUUGAGCAUCCCACACUUCAUUUGUGUUUGAACCAAGUAGAAAUUUUAUCCUUUAGACGACAGAGUUGAGAUCCAAUGGUUUGUAUUUUCAUUUUUUAUGAGCUCACGAUAUUGCGCAACUAUCUUUCAGUAUCAUUGAUGAGUGAAGUUCAAGCAUGUCGUAUGUGAGGCAGCCACCAAUCAACGGUAUUAAAAUAUGGUUGAUUAGUAUCUCGAAUCGACUGAACGUCUACGCAUAAAUCGUUGGAUACCAAAUUAUUGGUCGGAUGGUUAAGCGCUCAACACGAGAUGUGAAGGUUUUCUAUUUGAUCUCUGAUGGGGUCAUAAUGGAGUAUCACUAAGAAUCUCCACACCAAGUCAAUACAGUUUUGCAGUGGUUUCUGUACUUCAAUAGCCGAAAAAUUAAGACCAGUGUGUCAUGCUAACUGUGAAGUUAUAAUUGACUUUCUGUAUGUAGACUGUGUAGAAUUUUAAUAUAGUUAUCACAGUGGAUUAAUCAUUUGGUUUUGGUGUUUUAUGAAAAUUAUUUUGAAAUGAAAUAGGCAGCCACUGUAAUAAAUAAUAGUCAUAUCUACUGGCAAUCAUGUGAUAGAUUAACUUCCUGAAAUUUUAAUAGAGUCGACUAAAUAUGUGACAAGGCAAUAAUACACUAAUAGUAUUGCGUAAACAUCUCAGUGUAUUACAUUCUGAUUGAAUUUAAAGACUCAGACCACUGGAUGAUAAUUCGCUGGCUAAAUAAAGUCUUGGUUGAUGAGAAAUCUGGAAAAUUCGGGCUUAAACCCAUAUUGUUUGUAACUGUAGUGAUUCACGGUGAGAACUACAACCAAAAGGAGUAUUAUUUCUGAAAGCAUUGGAAUUGUUUCUUCUUAUUUCUUUUACCAGACCGUUUUCUGAGAUUUUACCUUUUCUACAGUUACCUACGAGGCGUUUAUUAUUCCAAUCAUAGUGAACAUAUACCAUUCAUACUCUUGUUGGAGAAUCAUUGGAAAACAAUUAAGACAUAUUUGUUUACUGCAUGAAUUAGAACUAAACAUAAAUAAUUAUUUUACAGGUAUCAAUUUUUUAAAUGACUUCAAAUAUGUUACUUAUAUUAGAAGAAUUAGUAGUGUAUAGACAGUGUAAUCUAAAAUGAAAUAAUUUGAAUUAUUCAUUUAGUGAUUUUCAAUAGUAAUAAUCGGUAUUUUUAAUGUACAUUCAAGUUUGUACAUGGUAGUUGUACCAUAUUCAUCAAUCCUUAUGAAGUGUAAAAUCAAGUGUAGGAUAUUAUUUUUGAAGCAUAAUAUUUUG